AUGUCUACAGACUCAACAAAAAGCAGAACUCUCAUUGCGUGUCUUGGAGAUGAAGAUACAAUCACUGGUAUGCUACUCGCUGGUAUAGGACAAGUAACGAAAGAAACAGGUAAGGAGAGAAAUUUCCAAAUGUGCACAGAAGAUACAAAAACUGCAGACCUUUUAUCCAAGUUUGAAGAGUUUACCACAAGGGAUGAUAUUGCAAUUCUUCUAAUCAAUCAACAUUUAGCCGAUAAAAUAAGAUAUGAAAUCGAUUCUUACACAGCAGCAUUCCCAGCAAUUUUAGAAAUCCCCUCAAAAGAUCAUCCUUACGAUCCUGAGAAGGAUUCUGUCUUGAGAAGAGUAAGAAGAUUGUUUGGCGAUUCUUAA